CGUCGUUAUUUGCCCAUCCAAUCGCUGCAAGUUGACGUACUUUUCCCAAGGAAUCACUGCUGGGGCGCCGCUUAAUCUUGAAUUAUAUUAAGCGGUUAUCUGAAGAACACACGGGCGCUAAUUGAAAGCCUUAUCUCCCGGUGCUGGCGAAUUUCGGUAUCGCGAAUUAAUUUAAACGGUCGGCGAUAAAGGCCGAUGUAAACAGUUCCGCGAAAACUAUGAUAGCAAACGGACAGCAAACAAAGUCGCUGGCCAGUGUGCUGCUGCUGGUCCUGGGCCUGUGCCAGGUGUCCGGAGUGGCCAUUGCCCGGCCCGAGGGGCGUGUGGUGGGCGGGAGUGCGGCGGCGGUCAAUAGUGCUCCCUACGCGGUGUCCAUGCAGUACGGAGGAACCCACUACUGCGCUGCCAGCAUCCUCAAUGCCAACUGGCUGGUAACUGCUGCCCACUGCCUGACCAACAGUAACCAGGUGCUGGCCAGUACCCUCGUGGCGGGCAGCAUUGCGGUGGCCGGAACUGCCAGCACCACGCAGACGCGCAGCAUCACCUACUUCGUGAUCAACGAUCUGUACACCGGGGGCACGGUUCCCUACGACAUCGGACUGAUCUACACGCCCACCGCCUUCGUUUGGACCGCUGCCGUGGCGGCUGUAACGCUUCCCUCGUCGGGAGUGGUGCCCACUGGCACCGCCAAUCUCUACGGGUGGGGCAGCACCAGCACCACGAACACCGCCUCCUAUCCGUCGACCCUCCAGGUGGCCACCGAUGUGCCCAUCAUCUCGCUGAGCUCCUGCGAAAGCGCUCUGGGCACCAAGGGCAGCGAUGUCCACUCGACCAACUUGUGCACCGGCCCUUUGACCGGUGGCAUCAGCAUUUGCACCUCGGAUUCGGGAGGUCCACUCGUGCAGGGCAACGUCCUCAUCGGCAUCGUGUCCUGGGGAAAGUUACCCUGCGGCCAGGCAAACUCGCCCUCGGUCUAUGUGCAGGUCUCCUCGUUCAUAUCCUGGAUAUCCGCCAACCAACAGGUGCCCUAAGUUCCGUACUUACUCCUAAUUUUUCAAUAAAAACAAUCAAAGUUGUGCCCUUAGUGGCUGGCGACUUAAGUGUGGGACUUACCCUCGCACUGCAUCGACUAUAUCACAAAA